AUGCUACCCAAGAAAUUUGCUGAUCACAUGAGGACACAUCUACCUGAGAAAGUAGCUCUCAAGAAGUCGGAUAUUCUGAUUUUCAAGUACAAUAGACAUGAAUGCUUUGAGGUCUUGAUCUUUGAUCAAGCAAAUCUAUGUGAGAAAGAAGCUUCCUAUUUUGUUAAAAAAGGUCUACAGCCGAACUCAGAUGGCAGUGAUGAUUCCGGUGGAGAGGCAAAAGAGACUUCGGCUGAGGAGGUACCUGAUAAAAAUCAAGGAGAUGAUGACUCUGUUGAUACUCUUGGAAGCAAGCGUAGAAAGAACCAUGAUGGUUAUGAUGAAGAUGACGGGGAUGAUACUUCUGAUGAAGAGAAUUCCGUCUCAUCAGAUGAUUUUAUUACUCCAAAGAAAACUGCUACUGAAAGAGUAAGAGAAGUGCCAUCCAAUUUUUCAAAGAAACGGACCUACAAAGUUUAUGAAAAGAGUGAAAAGCCUAUUCCUAAAAGACAAAAGUCUUAUGGUUUAACAUACAUUUCGAAUAGAAGACCAGUCACUGAUGCAGAGAAAGAAAAGGCUUUGGAGAAGGCGAGGGAUACAUCCAAACAAUACCUUAAUUCCUUCAUUGUAGUUAUGAGACCGUCUUGUGUCUAUAGGCGAUUUUUUUUUUCGAUUCCAAAAGAAUGGGAACCUACGUAUGUUUUCAAGAAAGGCGAAGAAGUAAUACUCCGUGUGAAAGAUAAAACAUGGGUGUGCACAUUUAAUUGCAGUAGAUAUACAGGAGGAUUUGAGGGUGGCUGGAAAAGAUUUGCUGUUGAGAAUUUCUUAGAAGAAUUUGUUGUGUGCUUGUUUUUUCCUGUUGUCGGCUCAAAUGUUGGGAAAUCUGUACUGGAUGUUAGCAUAUUCCGAGUGACUCCAGUAGUUGUUCAACCUACCCCAGUAACUACAUCCAAUGUAGAUGUACAAGAGAUUUCAAGUGAAGAUGGUAGCCUAGGAGAUGAUGAUUCUGAUUAUGCCUCAAGAAACAGGAAAAGGCGAAACAACUCUGGUGCAACUCCUAGGGGCCAUUACUCUGGCAGUAAUGCUCAUAAGAAAGGUCUUUGCGAAGAUGAAGGAGAUGAGAGUUCUGAUGAAGAAAUGACCAGUACAGACGAGGACAGUACGCCAAAGAAAGCUGCUGCAGGACUGCUAAAGGGAGAGAAGUAACAGCCAAUUCUAAUGGGAAAACUGGAAAAACUACCCCUGGCGAAAACAGGACAUUUUGUGAAUCAAGUGUAAGACAAGCAACUGAAGCAGAGAAAAAUCAGGCUCUUAAAAAGGCAAGGAUAGCAGCAGCUCAAUACAAAUACCAAUAUCCUUUGAUUGAAGUGAUGAGGCCAUCUAGUGUUCGUAGACGAUUUUUCCUGUCGUUUUCUAAGGACUGGAAAAUCAGGCGCAAAUUGAGGAACGAUCAAGAAGUGAUCCUUCGAGUUAAGGAAAAAACUUGGACGUGCACAUUUAGUUUAAGUUCUAACAAUGUUGGACUUUUAAGUGGCUGGAAAUACUUUGUUCCUGAUAAUAAAUUGGAAGAAGAUGAUGUCUGUGUGUUUGUGCCGGUUGGAGAACAGAACAAGACAUUAGUCCUUGAUGUUAUCAUAUUCCGAGCGCGUCCAGAGAUUGAUUAAUGAUGUUUUGUAACUCUGUUUUUUAGACUAAUAAUUUGUUGUGAACAUAAUGGCCUCAUUGAUGGUCAUUCUGCUACUCUGUAAGCUAGGAGGAGAAACUGUCAAAUUUCGAGUUCUGAGGUGGAUGGCUGAUUUAAUUUCUCUAAGAUAAGGCCUCCCUCUUUUGGAAAUGAGAUUUUCAGGUUUGUUUUGUGAAGAUUAGUGGGAACUGGUUUUGUUGA